AAGCCUGCUAGAGCCCCAUACGUGGCACGAAGCAUGAAUCCUUUCCACGUCCGCCAUUUUGACAUACGGUACUUUUCGGGAGUAUUGGUUUAAUGUUUUAUCGUUUCUCGUGAAAAUAAUCUUUUUUACUGAAACGUACCCACAUAUAACCAACACUAACCAUGGGGAACAUUUUUGCAACGUUAUUUAAGGGCCUCUUUGGCAAGAAGGAAAUGAGGAUUUUGAUGGUCGGGCUCGAUGCUGCUGGUAAAACCACUAUUCUAUAUAAAUUGAAAUUAGGCGAAAUUGUUACGACGAUUCCUACGAUAGGCUUCAAUGUAGAGACAGUUGAAUAUAAGAAUAUUAGCUUUACGGUUUGGGACGUGGGUGGUCAGGACAAAAUUAGACCACUCUGGCGACAUUACUUCCAGAAUACACAGGGGUUGAUAUUUGUGGUCGACAGUAACGACAGAGAACGUAUAGGUGAAGCCCGCGAGGAGCUAAUGCGAAUGUUAGCGGAAGAUGAGCUAAGGGAUGCCGUAUUACUUAUAUUUGCUAACAAACAGGACCUUCCAAAUGCCAUGAACGCGGCAGAGAUCACCGAUAAACUGGGCCUCCACUCACUUCGUAAUCGUAAUUGGUAUAUACAGGCGACGUGUGCUACGAGCGGAGAUGGAUUAUACGAAGGUCUCGAUUGGCUUUCAAAUCAACUUAAGAACGCCAACCGCUAAUGCAAACGUUAUCCUGUCAACAUUCAGUUGCUAUUUUAACAUCAUUCAGAAACAACAUUAAAAACGAAAAACAAAAAAAAAA